UGUGUUUCAAGCAUCAGUUCUAUAAAGUUAUAGCUUACUUGCAGUACGCAGAUACGGCCGCUAGGGGCUUCGUUUCCCCCAAAUUGAUGCUACUGACAGACCAAGAAAGGCAACACCCGCUGAAAGCCGAGGCUCUUUGUGCAAAUCUGUAAGCGUUCAUCCAGAAACGAAGUGGCGUUAAGCAGCAGAAUACACGGCUCAAUGCUGACAUGCAGCAGCUUAUAGAAACACAGCGUGCGCGCCUGUGAGGGAGACGACGACGUCCGCAGUUUGGCCUAAGAUGAGCAGCUCCGGUAAACGAGAGAGGGAGCAGAAGAGGAAACUGCAGCACUUCCUCGGUGACCUUGCUUUGCUCGGAUCCUUGCAGGGUUUUAAAUACUUCCAGCCUUGGCUCAGGGGGAAAGAGGAGUUGCUGCUGACAGUUGUUAAUGAGGAUCUGGGUUGGCGUUCCCCAGGCUUUAUGGUGUCCAGAGCCUCCUCCUACUCCUCCACCAGCAGCUGUAACAGCAGUGAUGUCUCUCCCAGCAGCAGCUCUCCCAGUCUGACCAGCCAUAGCAGCUCCCCCCUGCCCGGGGAGCCUCCGGGCCCACGAGGCUCCCGGUCACAUACCAAGACACAGCCACAGACUGCCAGUCACAGGGAGGCCUGCAUCGAGGAGCAUCUUCUCCCAGCAUCUCCCAGUGAAAGGGAGAUAGCAGUACCCGAGGUCAACUGCACUCUGUUUCUAUUGGCCGGCUACGUCAAAUACGGACGCCCCUACGCGUGGAUACGCUCCAAUCACGAGCGCCUAGUCAACAUCGGUGGCACAGAUUCGAUGGUCAAAGACACGCCCAUGAAACUCAAGUCCAUUGCAGACUGGCAGACGCGAGCAAUUCGUGUGUGGGACGUUGUCAGUGAGCUGGUGUGCCUCUGCACCGUUCCCUCUCCGUCCAACCCGUUCGCCCUGGACAUGCGUUACAUCAAAAGUCUUCCUCUCGCCGAACGCUUUCUUGUCACGGGAGCUCUCCUUAACUUCCUGGAGAUGUACGUGGUUUACGGCAACCGGGACGAGUUGCAUUAUGAUAAAGUGGUGGAAGAGGUGAAGCCUCUCAGGCGUCUUCAUGUACACUCCCUGCUCGAGUUGCAGCGACUUAGAGAGAGCUCCGGCAGCGCCGCGGUGCACGGCUCUUCUGCAGAAGAGUGAUUCUGAUUGUUUGCAUAUACUGUGAGCUACAUCAAGCUGGCCUUUUAUUAAUGUAGGAACAAAAACAAAACUAAACAAAACAAAAAAACCCAAAAAACUAGUAAUCCUUGUGAGCCAAAAGCUCAGAAAUCAGAGUGCUCUAUGUGCUUGGUGCUUCUGUUUGCAAGGGGCAGCCAAUCAAGAGAAAGAUGGCUUAAAGGGGGAGGGGCUAAAGUAUCUUGUUGGUGCAGAGGAUGAGGUGAGGGGCUGCACGAAGCCUAGUAUGAGAGAAAUAAGGAUUAUUUUGAACUGUAAAUCAUGCCAUGGUACAAAAUAGGAAGGAAGCAGAAGCAGGCUAUCGGGGAGCUCCGUAUCAUUAGGAAAAUUAACUCCAAAAUAUAUGGACUUCUUCACUUUUCCUCCAAAGUGAGGCAUGAAAUUCUCAAACGCUGCAGUAACCCAUGCAGAUGGAGAUGAAUCACCUUUGGUUGCAGGUGUCAGACUUUAACAAUUUUAAAGAACUAGAGAAAUAACCCUGGGAAAUGAGUCACAUGACUAAAAUUCUAAAUAAAUCCCAGGACAUCUGAACGUGCUGCCCCGUAACCCCUAAAACCUUCAAUCUCUUCCUCUCCACCCACUCCCACAUACUUAAAUCGGUUUUCUUCAGACCAAAUAUAGCAUUUUAAAACUGGAAGCCUGGAAACAGAAUGAUGAAUCGAGGGUCAGAGUAGUACGAGUACAAAAUGCACAGGCAAACAAAUGCUUUAUAAAAAACUUUUAAUAUUCCAUAAAAUACAUAUUUAAAUAUGUACGACAACAUAAAAACAGAACACUCGUUAAAUACAUCUUAAAAGCGGGCACAUCGACGCCUUUUCUGAGAUGAGGCUUGUGCCGUUUGUAAUUAAAAAGUCAGGUACAUCAUGUUAAAAUUAACCGAUAACAACCUGGUUGCACAUCAGUCAGGAAAAAAAAAAAAAAAACCUUCCCUGUUUAAAAAGAAAAGACAUUUUUAGCUUCGUUUUGGUCAGAAAACAGAAAAUGGAGUUAACAGUAACCUCUGGCUUCAUCAACAAUCCUCCUGUCGCUCAUGUUUGUAAACCUAGAGAUAAAAAAUUACCAUCAUGGCACAAGUUACGCAACACGGCACACGUGUGUGACCAGAACGGUCACUCUAGAUGGACUCCGGCACCUUUUAUGGCUUUUAUUGAUGUGAAGGAGCAAUUUAAAAAAAGCACGGCGUGCUGUUUACUGACAAGGCUGCUCAAUAUGCAAAGUCACGGAUGGACAAGAAGAAUUUGGGGUUUUUCUAGGAAAGAAAGGCGCCGCCACCCUUCAUCUCAAGUUUCCCCCCCUAUUUGGAAUGCAGGUGCAUGGCCCGGCAUUCCUCAUGCAGGCUUCACACAGGAACACAGUGUUCCCAGUGUGGGACACAAACAACCAGCAAGUCACUGCUGAGGCUUCCCCGCCCCUCACAUAAAUGCUAAUUAUUUAUUGCUAAAGACAAUUAGGACCUUUUUUUGUUUUGCAGGUUAAGCAGAGACUUUUUAAAAUUAUUAUUAUUAUUAACACCUCUAUUCUGAUAAUGUCCAUUUUCCCUCCGGCAUGCAUUACACUGAGAACUGACCUCAUAUCAAUAAAACUUCAAUUUCCUGAGUGAGAUCAUCUUAAAAAGGACUCGAAUGUGCUCAGACUAAUUAUGCAUAUCACAGACUUGGUGGGGAAAGGAAAAAACAAACUAAACUUUACUUUGGUAUGACAUGCCUGCAUUGUCUUAGUCGUCUUAAAUUUGUUCAUCCAACUACAAAAGUAGGGGAAAAAAAACAAACACUCAUUAAUGGAACAGGCUGAAAAAGAAAAUAACUACUUCAUGACUCUGUCACAUGUGUCACUUAAAUAUAAAUAAAUCUCGAAAAAAAAAAAAAAAAAAAAA